AGUACAAGUAUAUACUUAACAGUUAGCGUAGAACUGUUCUCGUAGGCAGUCAACUUCUACAUUUAUAUAGAUAUGAAAUCCUUCAUUGAAUACUCGCCGGAUUGUGAAUUUCCUAUUGAAAAUCUUCCAUAUGGAGUUUUCUCUACUCCAGAAUGCCCUCAAAAACGAAUAGGGGUGGCUAUUGGAGAUGAAAUAUUGGAUUUAUACGCAAUAGCUAAUUAUUUCACCGGACCGCUUUUGGAGAAGAAGCAAAAUGUUUUCCGACAGGAUAAUCUCAAUCAAUUUAUGGCUCUUGGAAGACCAUCCUGGAUAGAAGCAAGAAAAACAUUACAGCGAUUAUUAUCAGCUGAAAAUUCAACUCUUCAAGAUCCACAAAUCAGGGCAAAGUCCUUCGUGAGUCAAGAAAAAGCAAUAAUGCAUUUGCCUGCCAAGAUUGGAGAUUACACCGAUUUUUAUUCCUCCAUUCAUCAUGCGACAAAUGUUGGGAUUAUGUUUCGAGGGAAAGAGAACGCCCUCAUGCCGAACUGGAAAUAUCUUCCUGUCGGUUACCACGGUAGAGCAAGUUCAGUUGUGAUUUCCGGUACUCCUAUCUAUCGUCCGUAUGGACAGACUGUUCCGGUUGAAGGCACACCGCCUGUGUAUGGACCUUCGAGACUUCUAGACUUUGAAUUAGAAGUAGCCUUCUUUGUUGGAGGCUCACCGACGAAAUUGGGAGAAAGUGUUUCUGCAUCCGAGGCGUAUGAUCAUAUAUUUGGAAUGGUUGUGAUGAACGACUGGAGCGCACGUGAUAUUCAAAAAUGGGAAUAUGUCCCUCUUGGACCAUUUGGAGCGAAAAAUUUUGGCACAACAAUUUCUCCCUGGAUCGUAACAAUGGAGGCUCUUGAAGCCUUUAAAGUUCCCAAUGUUCCUCAAGAUCCCGAACCUUUCUCGUAUCUUCAGCAUGAUUACUCUUGUAAUUUUGAUAUUAAACUCGAAGUUCAUAUUCAACCACAAAAUGGAUCGUUGACAACCGUUUCAAGAAGUAAUUACAAAAAUAUGUAUUGGACUCCGGCACAACAAUUGGCUCAUCACACUGUAAGUGGUUGCAAUGUGAACCCUGGGGAUCUUUUGGCUUCGGGAACAAUAAGUGGGGAAACUCCCGAUUCAUACGGAAGUAUGCUUGAAUUGAGUUGGAAAGGAACUCGACCAAUAGAGAUGCAAGAUGGAACAACAAGAAAGUUUCUGCAGGAUGGUGAUGAAGUCAUUAUGCACGGUUAUUGCGUUGGCGAUGGAUAUCGUGUUGGUUUUGGUUUGUGUAAAGGAAAACUGUUACCCGCAAAAACAAAAUGAUUUUUAAAUACUUAUGUAACUUUGUUUUAAAAAAAUACUUGUUUUGUAAAAGUUCCAAUAAACAUAUCUUUACAAAA